AUGACAAACCGUGACGUGGAAACGCUGAAAGCUGACGGCGAGAUGCCGACGACGAGGCGGCCGACAGCAAAGCGGCCGACGGCGAGGCGGCCGACGGCGGCCGACAGCAAAGCGGCCGACGGCGAGGCGGCCGACGGUGAGGCGGCCGACGGUGAGGCGGCCGACGGCGAGGCGGCCGACGGCGAGAUGCUGGCGGCGAGGCGGCCGACGGCGAGGCGGCCGACGGCGAGAUGCUGGCGGCGAGAUGCUGGCGGCGAGGCGGCCGACGGCGAGGCGGCCGACGGCGAGAUGCUGGCGGCGAGAUGCUGGCGGCGAGAUGCUGGCGGCGAGGCGGCCGACGGCGAGGCGGCCGACGAUGAGGCGGCAGACGGAAAAGCGGCCGACGGCGAGGCGGCCGACGGCAAAGCGGCCGACGGCAAGGCGGCCGACGGCGAGGCGGCCGACGGCGAGGCGGCCGACAGCGAGGCGGCCGACGGCGAGGCGGCCGACGGCGAGGCGGCCGGCGAUGAGGCGGCAGACGGAAAAGCGGCCGACGGCGAGGCGGCCGACGGCGAGAUGCUGGCGGCGAGGCGGCCGACGUAA